GCGGACACCAUACCUGACAGAAUUUGCGGUUUCUUUGAAUGUUUCGAAAAAUAGCUUCUGGGAUUUCUCACGCGAAAUUUUUCUACUAAAAUCUGUAAUUUGCACGUGUGGUUUAAAACAACCGAAUUCCAAGAAGUGAAGAAAUUGGCAGAAAUUAAGGAUCAUAGAUGGCAGGGGCAGUGGAGAAUAACAGUGGUUAUUCACAUGGCAGAAACCAAAUGAAUGGAUCUGUUCACUUUCCAGCUCAAAGCGUGCCUGGGAACAUAGGAGCACUGUACAAUAUCCAGGGAUUGGAAGAGGCCCUGCCCGAAUGGGAAGAAGGCUUUACAGUUUAUGUUGAGGUUUUGCAGCAUUCAAAUAGCACUGCAAAGACCGAGACCAUAUCUGAGCAUGUAGUGUGCCUUCUACACAAGCUGGGCACGACGGUGGGAGACAUCAAGCUGACGACGUUCGAGGACCGUUUUCUUGCUCAGCAUGUCAUCUCAGUGGCCGUUUGUGAUACAGAGCUGCAGAGUGGUUACAAGAAAACGCUGAUAGAUUUCACCAAGUCCAAGCUGAAAGUGAGUGUGUUCCAACUGAAUGAAGAAGGACCUGCUGCAGAGGAACUAGAAGAUGAAGAUCUUGCUGCAGCCAGCCACUGGCUUCUCCCUGCAGCGGAGAUUGAAGGCAUGUGGGAGACUCUUAUUUUUGACAGUUCAGUGAAGUUACAGCUCCUCAACUAUGCAUCUACGACACUCCUCUUCUCUGAUGCUAAGGUGGAUGCAAACAUCAUCUCGUGGAACAGGGUCGUUCUCUUACAUGGUCCUCCAGGCACAGGGAAGACGUCACUAUGCAAAGCAUUAGCACAGAAACUCUGUAUACGCCUAUCAGACAGAUACAAAUAUGGACAACUCAUUGAAAUCAACAGCCAUAGCUUAUUCUCAAGAUGGUUUUCUGAAAGUGGUAAACUUGUGAUGAAGAUGUUUGCUAAGAUUCAGGAGCUUGUAGCAGAUUCAGACUCACUUGUCUGCAUUCUGAUAGAUGAGGUUGAAAGUCUGACAUCUGCAAGGAAGAGUGCAUUGGCAGGUACUGAACCAUCGGAUGCUAUCAGGGUUGUCAACGCUCUCCUUACACAGAUUGACAUCAUCAAGAGGAACCCAAACGUUUUAAUCCUGACAACGUCCAACAUCACCGAGGCAAUAGAUCUUGCCUUCAUAGACAGAGCUGACAUCAAGCAGUACAUCGGACCUCCUUCUGCGCGAGCAAUCUUCAUGAUCUUCACAUCCUGUCUAACGGAGCUUAUGAAGAAAGGUGUCAUCGGCCCAUCGCAGCAGAUUCUACCUUAUAAUACGUUAGAAGCUAUGAAGUUCAAGGAAGUAGCCGUCACUGCACCCAGUCUCUUCCUGUUACAAAUUUCAAAGGAUAGUGUGGGUCUGAGUGGAAGAACUCUAAGGAAACUGCCAUUCUUAGCACAUGCCAUGUACUUACAAAGAUCAACAGUCACAUUACCAGAUUUCCUGACUGCCCUACGAAAGAUUGUCAUCAAACAGUUUGAGGAGAGAGAGAGUCUUACAAAAGACACAUAGCAUCUCUGAAAGUCAUCAAGUGAAUUUCAUCAAAGAACUAGAAGAGACGGGUCUCUCGAUAUAAUAGCACCCUAAAAAAGUUAUUCACCAAGCAGUCCAGGAUGGUUAGUGUCUCAAGAUACAGAUUCUUAAGGAGGACAUCUCCAACCGUUUAAAGAUGUUGAGUGUCUCAAGGAUACAGAAAGGCUGCUCUUACAGAAGAUAUCUUCAUGCAUUUCAAGAAGGUUAAGAUCUCAAGGAUACAAAAUAGCAGCUCUUACAGAGUUCUAUUUUCUCUUCUGUGGAUUUUCUGUCUUGUAGAACUGCAGGAACCUUAAGAUUUGCAGGAAAAGUGCUAGAGAGAUAAAGAUUCCAAACACAUGAGCAGCGCAGGUGAUGUGAAGGAAUUCGAAGACAGGAUAUCAGACCUCUGAAUUGUUGCCAUCAAGCAGCUCUCAAACAGGCUGGAGAUUUACCUCAAAUGACAUCAGCCAAUACUUAUUACCAUCAUGCCUUCGAGGGCAUUGGUCGGAAACCAAGGUUGGCAUUCAGGUUCGCACUGGACCAACCGCAAAGUGCACUCCUUGUAUAUGUGUCCCAGUUUUUUUUUUCAGUUCAAUCUCUACUGUUUGGUGCCAGAUAAUAUUUUUAAGUUUUCCUAUUUUCAUCUUCACUUCUGGUGUGAAGGAUAUGUCAGAGUGUUCUAAAAUUAUUGCUCAUAACCUUCAUAGAAUUGCUGAACAAAAUCCUAGAUAAUUUUGUAGCAUUGAAACUAGUGUUAGAUCUACUUGAUUCCUUACAUGUAAUAAUAAUAAUAUGGGAUUUAUAUAGCGCACGUAUCCACCUUGUUAGGUGCUCAUGGCGCUCCUACAUGUAUAUUACCCCAGCUAAGCUAGUCUACCGAUUCCGGUGCUCACAGCUUUUGGAGGAAUUACUUCCUGCCGGUGCCCAUUUACCUCACCUGGGUUGAGUGCAGCACAAUGUGGGUAAAUUUUUUGUUGAAGGAAAACACGCCAUGGCUGGGAAUCGAACCCAUGUCCCUAAGAUUGAAAGACAAGUGUCUUAACCACUAGACCACAACGCCCCCACUGUACAGAAGGUGUCCUGAGUAUAUGCAAUUAUUUUAAGUAAGGAAAUAGUGAGGACGGUGAUUUGUGCCUCCGUCAGUCAGUUGUUGAAGGAGAGGAGAGUUAAAAGAGUUUAUGAUGGUAAAUUUUUUAUAUUUAUCAAGAAACUGAUGGAGUCUUUUGGUUGUGACCUGAUUAUAGUUUAGAGUUCUGUGACACAAAACUUGGCGAUUAAUAGUAUGACUAAUAUUUACAAUUGAUAACAUUGUUCUUUAUGUGGGAACAAUGGUACAAAUUAACUCUACAAUCAAUCAUUCAGUGUUGUGUCAAAGGGCCCUGAUCAGACAAUGAUCAACAGAUCCUCACAAAUCAAAUCAACUCAGGACCACACAAACACAUUGGCCCGUAUUCUGAACUCGGGUUUAAGUAAAACCCUGGUUUUAAGUUGUGGUUUAACUAUGGAUAGCCAAUCGGGGCACAAA